CGACACCAUCCUCACCCCAAAGCACAAACGCGCCGACAUGCCCACACGCGAAUCACUCAAAGCCCGCCUCGUCACCCCUGAAGACCUCUUCACCCUCGCCCGCAUCCUGUUCAUCGACCGCCCCAAAGGGCGGGUCCACCUGCAGUUGUACGCUCCCGCGCGCGAGACAAUGAUGAAUGAGCUGGGCGGAACGAGGGAGGUCUUUGCGACGGAGAAGUGUCUAGGCGAUGUGCGGGCCAAGGAUAUCUGUGGUACUGUGGGGAUUGUGAGGGAUGGAGAGGUGGAGCCGGAGCCAGGCAAGAGGCGGCUGAGAUUCGCAUACGAUUCCGCCGUAGGCAGCUUCUCAGACAUCCCACGAGACGACUUCCUCGGGCCUCCUCCAGCUGCGAGAGAUGGAAAGCCGCAAUUCUGCUGCAGACUGUGUGCUUUCCGCGAGCGCGAGGACCCAAUUCCCUAUCACCGUGACGACUACGUGCUUUUCAAAGGCCAAGACGAUGCAAAGGGGACAGCACAUAUCGGUCAGAUACGAAGUAUCCAGGGAGCCCGGAUCAAGGUCCGACGCUUGCAACGGGCUCGGGAUCUGCUGAGGUCAGAGUCCGGUGAAGUGAGCGAUUUCGACCGCGACGUAUAUCUGAGCGAAGGACCGCCGACUUCUAUCUCAAAACACGACAUCCUUCGAUCAUGCCUCGUCGUCUCGACAAAGACCUACGAAAAGCUCCCUCCCUCGAUCCGCGCCUCGCCGUAUACCUUCGUCGCCCUAGGUAAAAUCCGUAACGGUCAACGCCAGCUAUCCGCAUCCCUCGACGUGCCACAGUGCACCAAGUGCAAACAGAAGCUGGAGAAGGCGCAGAGUGAAGAGGCCGCAUUGACGCGGCGGUCCGUGCUCGACCUCUGCGCGGGCGUCGGCGCGUUCGGUUCAGCGUUGGCGGAAGGUAGUGGUGGCACCCUCAAGAUUACGCACGCGAUCGAGCUCUCUCCGUCGGCGGCGCGGACUAUUGAAGCCAACCAUUCCGAUGUCAAGGUGUACAAUCAGUGCGUCAACACGAUGCUGCGGUAUGCCGUGCAUGUACACGAUCGCAAGGCCGUAGACGCGUCUCCCAAGCAGCUCUGGGACGGCGAGACGCAGGUUCCUGACCCGCCACGGCCUGGCCAGAUACGUGUCAUCACGGCCGGCUUUCCCUGCCAAUCCUUCUCCUCCGUCAACCGGCAUCGCACACGAGACGACCCGCGGAACAACAUCUUCCUCAACGUGCUCUCCUGGGUCGCGCACCUCAAGCCCGAAUACGUCUUCCUGGAGAACGUGCGCGGCUUCGUGUACGCGAAGUUGAGCGAGACGCGUGGUGGACCUGCCAUUAUUUCGGGCGGGCCGCUCAAGUUAUGCGUGCGAAUACUAACUGAACUUGGCUACCAAGUCCGCUUCAGCCUCCUCCAGGCCGCGCACUACGGCGCCCCCCAAGACCGCCUCCGCUUCUUCCUCGUUGCCGCCCGAAGCGGCCGCACGCUCCCCCAACUGCCCCAACCUACGCACGACCUAGCUUCGCUGCCCGUGAAAUGCGGCAGCAUCCGCAUGCCACUAGAGCUCGCUGGGGGCCCUGUACGCAUUGAGGCGGUCAAUCCGGGCGCAGGCCGUGCGCCGCACAAGGCGGUGACAAUCGGAGACGCGAUCGGUGACCUUAGACGCUUUCAUUGGGAACAACAACCUGAUCACAGAGUCAACGACGGCAUCCCGCUGCUCCCAGCAGAUGGUAUCGGACGCAUAGGCUACGUGAGCCCUGAGGAUGCGUACGAGCACGCGCCGCGGACGACGUUCCAGGCCAAUGCACGUCGGAAACCCGCGACCGGUGAUAUCCAGCACUAUACGGCGCAGUUUAACGAGGAAACGGCGAAGAAAGUCGUGGGCAUCCCGAUGGAACCGAAUGCAGACGCGCGGCACCUACCGCGCGCUCACCAUACCUUCAUGCUGCACAAUCCCAUGUCAGCCAAUGGGCAGGCUGGGUUCAACAAGGCCUAUUUUGGCCGCCUGGACGAGAAAGCGCUCUUCAUGACCAUCACUACGCAAAUGAAGCCGACAGCCAAGCAGUCGCGAUGUCUGAACCCCUGGUGCCGCCGCGUGAUCACCGUACGCGAACUCGCCCGCGCCCAAGGCUUCCCCGACGACUUCGUCUUCAAAUCCGUCAAGGGCGAGCACGAUAUCAAUACGCUGCAGCGACAAAUCGGAAACGCGGUCGCAUGGCCUGUGGCCGCCGCGCUAGGUCGCGAGUUGAAGGACGCGAUGUUGGCGGAUGAUACAAGGAACAGGGAGGAGGCUGAACUUGUAGAUUCGGAUUGAUACCUGUCAAGACUUAUACCAUCUGAUGUUCCAUC